AUGACUUCAUUAUUUUAUUUAAUUCAUAUAAAUUUUGUUAAUAAUUUUAUAUUCCUCCAACCUUCGUCUACAGCAUCGUAA